GCUGAACCCCUCGCACAGCAGGAAGGCGCUGAGGAACUCCCGCCUCGUCAGCCAGAAGGACGACGUCCACGUCUGCAUCAUGUGCCUCCGCGCCAUCAUGAACUACCAGUCUGGCUUCAGCCUGGUGAUGAACCACCCAGCCUGCGUCAACGAGAUCACCCUGAGCCUCAACAACAAAAACGCCAGGACCAAGGCGCUGGUGCUGGAGCUGCUGGCCGCUGUCUGCCUGGUCCGAGGUGGCCAUGACAUCAUCCUGGCCGCCUUCGACAACUUCAAGGAGGUCUGCGGGGAGAAGAACCGCUUUGAGAAGCUGAUGGAGUAUUUCCGAAACGAGGACACCAACAUCGACUUCAUGGUGGCCUGCAUGCAGUUCAUCAACAUCGUGGUGCACUCGGUGGAGAACAUGAACUUCCGCGUCUUCCUGCAGUACGAGUUCACCCACCUGGGGCUGGACCAGUACCUGGAGGUGGGUGAUCCUGCGCCGCCCCGGGGCUGA